GGCGCCUCGUUCGUCCUGACUAUACCGUCUGAUUGUUAAGGGGAAAAGCACUGUCCAGUUUUUCAAUGGUUGUUCAGGUGAAUCAGCGAACGCCCAACAGCAGAAAGACAAUGGAUGGAAGUCAGCAAAGGGUCGAAGCAAACAUUUUGUUAUUGGGAGCAGACAAUGUUGGGAAGUCUGCACUUACAGUGAGAUUCCUCACGCGGAGGUUCAUCGGAGAAUACGGUGACAUAGAUUCCAUAUACAGCCGCAGCGAUAAAAUUGAUGGACGGGAUAUCUGUUUCAACAUCUGGGACUCUUCACACUCUCAGAAUGGUGAUGAGGCCGGACACAUAAGUGAAAGACAGCUCCAAUGGGCAGACGGCUUCAUCCUGGUGUUCAGCAUCUGCGACCGGGCGAGCUUCAACGUGGUGCGGCAACAGGUGCAGCGUAUCCGGCAGGCCAAGAAUAAACUGCCCGCCGCCGUACCCAUCAUUAUCGUUGGCAACAAGCGGGACCUCCAACACCGCCGAACGGUUUCCAGCGAGGAAGGGCGCCUACUCGCGCUCUCUGCAGACUGCGGAUUCUUCGAGAUCUCCGCCGCGGAAACCUAUCACGGCGUGCUGUUGGUGUUUCACGAACUGAUUGAACUAAUCCGUGAGGCGCGAGCCUUGAAGAAAGGCGCUGCUGGCUUCAGAGGCAUAGUGCGAAGUAUGUCGGCGGUGUUUGGGCGCAAGAGAACGGAGUAAAACUUUCUGUUGGCGCUGUCGUUUGUUGGAAGUUCAUCAAUCUUUGGACAACUGCUGUAAGGACAACUGAUGUACGAGCAGCGUAUGACGAGGGCACUAACCCAGGGUCAACGUCUAAAGCGGUAGCUUAUCAAGGACACUGGGAUACAGACAUCCCAAGUCUCCCGGAAGUUCCGGGAGUCUCCCGCAUAUUGAUAGCGGCUCCCUGACGCCCGCAAAUUAGGUAAAAUCUCCCGGAUCUAUAGUGAGCGAUCAAGAGCGCGCAUGCUAGACCGUAGCGCGCACACGACGGCAGAGAGAGGGGGGUGGCUGGUGCGUGUGUGCCUGAGCGCAUCCAAGGCAGAGAGCAUCCUGAUUGGCCUGUUUCGCUAAAUUAACCAAUCAGUUCAGUGGCGGGCUUUUAUCUCUUUUCUCCCGAACUUAAUUAAUCAGUUCAGUGUAGGAACAGGAGCGUCAUGGC